AUGGGCAUUACUUUUGCUGUGAAUCCUUCCAUUUUUGAUGUAAGGGCACGACCUAAUACUGAUAUUGGUGAAGCUCUCUCCAAUGCUUGGAAACAAGCAUGUGCAUCUCCCACCCAAUCUGAAUUACGAAUUCCAAAAGGCACAUUCAAGUUAAAACGAGCGACAUUAAACGGACCAUGUAAGGCUCCAAUUAAGAUUAAUCUCCAAGGCACGUUGCAAGCUCCAAGUGACCCCGCUGGUUUCAAAGAUGGAGAUGGAUGGGUUACUUUUGAACGUAUUGACAAACUAACUUUAAUGGGUGGUGGUAGUUUUGAUGGGCAAGGCAAAGGAGUGUGGGGCAAGCAUUGCUCCCAAGGACAAUAUUGCAGUAAACUUCCCAUUAAUGUGAGAUUCGACUAUGUCACUAAUUCGAUAAUUCAAGAUGUAAUAUCACGUGAUAGCAAACAAUUUCAUAUCAAUGUAUUGGGUGGCCAAAACAUUACAUUUUCACGUGUUCGAGUAGAUGCUCCAGAAGAUAGUGCUAAUACUGAUGGAAUUCAUAUUGGACGUUCAAAUGGAGUAAACAUCAUUGACUCAAUUAUUCAAACAGGGGAUGAUUGUGUUUCUUUAGGAGAUGGUAGUAAACAAAUAACUGUUAGAAAUGUUACUUGUGGACCAGGACAUGGUUUUAGCAUUGGAAGUUUGGGAAAAUAUAAAGAUGAAAAACCUGUCGAAGGAGUCCUUUUCAAGGGUUGUACAAUGAAAAAUACAAUGAAUGGUGUUAGAAUCAAAACAUGGCCCGAUUCUACAGAUGGUUUGGCAUCAAACAUGCAUUUUGAGGAUAUUAACAUGGAAAAUGUUGGCAAUCCAAUCCUCAUAGAUCAAGAGUAUUGUCCAUGGAACAAUUGCAACAAAAAGGUUCCGUCAAAAAUUAAGCUCAGUAAUGUUAGCUUCAAGAAUAUUCAUGGUACUACUACAUCAUCAAUUGCGAUAAACUUAAUUUGUAGCAGUGGAUAUCCAUGUCAAAAUGUGGCAGUUGAGAACAUCGAUCUAAAAUAUAAUGGACCAGAAGGUCGUAUUACGUCUCAAUGCAAAAAUGUGAAGCCAAAGACAAUCGGCAAACAAAAUCCUCCUCCAUGCAUUGCAAUAUGA